UCUGCAUUGCAUCUCAGGCCUCGCGAUUGUAUCCUCAACGCGGUCUAGCAGAUUUGUAUGCCUCCUCUCGAACGCUGUACGCUCCAAGCUGUUUAUCACUCAUGUGCAGGAAACACGUACUCUUACAUGCCAUGCCGUAGAGAUCCUUACGCUCGGAAUCAGCAAGACAUGAAUCCGAGUCGUAUUAGCACUCUCGACGGUGUGGCCGGGUACUAGCCUGCCCGAAAUUCCUCUCCAGGGUACCAGCGAGCGCUGCAUUGUUAUCCUCGCUAAGUCUAACGUUGAAGGCCCCCCAACGUGCGCAAGGGUCCCAAGACCUUCAAUGUCGUUCCGGUCCGGAGAGUUGGCCAUUGCAUCGAUGGAGGUCUGCACGAACACCCAGGGGAGUGUGCAGCAGUCACCUCGUAACAGAGAAGGGACAACAACAGGUGAGAGUGGAGAGAUGCAAAAGGUUUCCGAUACAGUUGUCGAGAUAAAAGGCCUAACACGUGGGCCCGAGCGAGCAAACCAAACGAACAUCUAUCUGAGCAGCCUGUCGCGGAGGAGGGUAAGCGGCAUGAAGAGAAAACCUGCUUGAAGAAGGGCAAUGGAGGAUGGAAAGUUUUGUCUGAACCUUGACUGCUGUGAAGUUUUGGAAAGUCAACACGUACAAUUGGAUCAAAUCCAUCCAGUGGCCUUAAGUACUUUCAUAACAACCGUCUUCUCUUUCUCACAGAUAUACUACUGAUUAUUAUAUAUCGUAUCCACUUGUCCGUUUGAUUCUGGUUGCGUUUGGUAUUCCACUAGCUUCGGACUUUGUCCUCCGGUUUUUAGUCAUCCGACGCUUUUCUGCUUUGAUUUCCUCCUUUCUUAACGUUUCGUUUCUCUUUGUAUUCUUGUGGAUUGCUUUUCCACUUCCGGGCCAAUGGAUUCUGGUCAGUUGAGGAGUCGUGAGUUGGAAGUACCUUCCGGAAAGAGAGCAAGUUCUUUUGACACACUACACAAUAUUAUGUGUAUUUUUUCCCUUACUUGAGAUCAUAUUUGUGGUCACCUAGUGAUCGAUUAUAUACAUCAUAAAUUUACAAUGAAAAUAAAUUUGGUGAUCAAGUGUCACUAUCAAGAUUCCAACUUAAGGAUGCUACUGUUAGAUAAGUUCUUCGUAAUCCCUCCCUUCUCGUACAUCUAUACCAUUUUAGGUUUGAUUACCAUCUGGAUUACAUGCUGAGCGACUUUCAAUAUAAGAAAG